AUGGAUGAGCUCGUCCGCCAUUGCCUCCGUGAGCUCUCGUUUGACGGAGAUCUUGGCUGCAACGUCUCACGUCUGCAUGAGUUUGUGAACGGCUUCUACUCACGCAGCAGCUCCUCUCCGCGCCAAAAUAUCGACGAUGCGUACUGCGCGUUCAUCUGGUCUGUGAUCGUGCAGCAGCCGGGAGUGCGGGUGGGUACUAUCCCUCCCGGCUCCGCGACCGAAGUGUACAUUGCCCCACAAACAAGCGCCAAGAGGAAGGCAAAGGCCAAGGGCGAAGAGCUUGAAGACCCCCUCUUGCCUACUACACUCGACAUCAUCCCGGAUGCCAUGAUCAGAUCACUGGAAGACUUGACCAACGAAUAUGGCGACGGUCUCAGGAUCGCUGUCAAUCCUGAGAUCUCGUUUUCUGCCAUUACUGGGUCCCAUAUCCGACCAUCGAAAUUAACGCCGAUGGUUUACACCGUUCUGCAAUUCAUCACACGUGGCCGAGAAGAUGGUAUCAGUGUCGUGGAUUUGGGAAAGAAGUCUGGCUAUGAUCAGAAGAGCUGCUUCUACCUCGUUAAGCAACUGCUCGACUUGGAUUUGAUUGUGAAGAAAAGACGACCUGGAGUCAGCACCAACUUCUGCGUCCACAAAUACUUUUUUGAACACAGUCCGAUAUGGAAGAAAAUCGUCGAAGAAGAAAUGAAGGCAAAUGAGAGCGAGGAAGAGCAGGAUGACGAUGAUACGCAAAUGGGGCCGUCAAGCUCAGACGUUGAGUUCUCUGCCAUUGACUCGCGACACCUGUCGAGUCUACCCCUAGUGAGGGCCCGCAUCGCCAAAUUACUGAAGAACAGCCCGCAUCAUCUGCACGCGUCUCAAAACCUGCUUCUCAAGAUCGGCUUUGCCAACCCGACAAAAAGUGAUCGGCGCUUCUUCCGAUCUCGCAUACGUGACCUCAUAGACCAAGGAGUCAUCGAGAAAGUCCAAGUACCUCAUGUACAUUUUCCCAAUCGUAAGGUCACUUGUGUACAUUUAAUUGCCCCAGACGAGCCUCCAGAAGGUGAUAAAGAGAUCCCACUGUCAGGAGAUGCUGAACACAUCGUUAGUGGAGAAUUGGAGCCUACAGAAUUGAAGAUGAACCUCACGCUUCACAAGCAGAUGAUCAAUCUCCUGGACGUUGCAGGUACGACAGGCAUGACAUUAUCCGAGCUAUCCAACGCCCUCUGCGAUUUUGACAGGCGAACGGUCGAGUUACUUCUAUCCCGUUUGGAGAAGGACCCUCCUCCUCUUCAUCUCAGCGACCUUGGUGUAGCUCAGCUAGGCGAGACACACGGGCGCGAGAAACGUUACAAGUAUUACACCGUGGCCCACUACCGGACCAUCGCAACCAGGGAGAAGUUCGAGGAGUCCCGUUAUCUCGACGUUGAUUGCUCCAGUGUUGGCACUUUUUUGCCGGUGGAUGACAAGCUUUUCUACAAGGAUGAGGAUACCCUCAACAAUUAUGUCGACAGCUUCAAGAGGAAAAGUGGCCUCGGCGGCAGUGAUGCUUCGUCGGCGAAGAAGAGUAAGAAGCGUAAAUCUGUCGCGGAUGCUCGAGGUGGCGAUGAGUCCACUCAUGUUACGAAGGGGAAGAAGCGCAAACGGGCUGAUGCGGAUGUGGAUGUGGUCAACGAUUCGGAUGCCGGAGAAGAACCGCCACUAAAGCGGAAACGAGGUGGACCACAGAAGAAGCGUCCGUCUGUGGAGGGAGAUGGCCCCGGAUCACAGGUUGGUGACCAGUCGGACAUGCCAGUGCCCAAGAAACGAGGCCGACCUCCCAAGAAGUCGAUUACUGCAACGAAUCUCAUCCAUCCCUCUGCAGAGACAGAGAGCUCUGGACAGCAAGGCGAUGUUCCACAGGAGAUGCCAGUCCCCAAGAAGCGCGGUCGUCCGCCUAAGAAGAAAUCCGUCGCUGGGGCAGGCCAAAGUGGCGACUUGCCCAACACUGUGCCCAAGAAACGCGGCCGUCUGCCCAAGGCAAAGCCUGCAGAGUCAGAUGCCGAUGUAGCAGUUACGGAUGAUAUUCUCAUGGUUGAUGCCGCAAAGCCGUCUACACUAGACGCUUCCUCCUUGCAGGAACCCUCUGCGCUACAUCUCAACGACGCAUUGCCAACUGCAGACAACGAUGUUUCCAUGCAAGACGGAGUUUCCGUCCACGUAACUGAAGCAGCUGGGCCUUCGAUUGCGGCAUGCGAGAAUAACUCCACUGGACCUCUUGAAUCGCGGGACUCGGUGUCCAGCAACGCAGUCUCUACCACUCCCCUUCGGCAUUCCUCUAGGAAACCUAAACCGCGGCAUCUCAGCAUCGAACGUAGUCCGCUGAGAGAACCUUCCCCGAGCAAAGGACCCGGCGUCCGUAGUCAAGCCACCCUCCAGGAACAUCCGGUGGAUGUCGAUGCUGACGAUGAAGCACAUCAGGUUGAGGGAGAUUCACUCCACGGCGACCCCCCCGCGGCAAGAGCGGGACUUGAAAUAGUAACGCAACAUGAUCACUUUCUACCUCCCGCUGCGUCCCUCGUCGUAUCCGCUUCUGUACCGACUAUCGAGGUGCCUAUUGAUCCACGCUUGACAGGGGAAGGCGGACCUCUCGACGCCCACACUGAUGUCCAAGCUACCAACGGUGAAUCGACCCUUGCCGUUGUUGGUGCAGAUGCUCCAAAUCCUAUGCAGGAUAUUACUUCGAAACGAACGCAUCCGGAUACUUCCAGCCCGGAACCUCUCGCUAAGCGACCCAGGACAAAUGAGCCGCAGACUAGUUCUGUGACUGGAUUCCGCUCCAAGGCUAAUAUUUCACAGUCUCGUCGAGAAAGUGAGAUACUCCGAGUCAUAUCAGACUUUGGUGGCAUCGUGAACACCAGUUCCAAGGAGUUCCUUGAAGCUCAUGCGGCCGUUGUUCAGGCAAUCACGAAGUCUGGAGGGGUAGCCAGCACUCGCCCAGGCGCGCGGUUGGAUAAGCGUACGGUCGAGGCUACACUCAAAGGUCUUGAGUCUCGCCACAAGAUCAAGAUCCUCACGACAUCUGUGAAGACACCAACGGGCAUGUAUCGACUUGUACGGAUCAUAUAUUUCCCUGACAUUCCAGAGGAAGACUUGCUCGCGUAUCUGGCCAAUUUCAACGUCCCGCAAGCUGCACCCGAAGUCAUCAAGACUCUGGAUGGACCUGUGGCUUACGGCGGUGAGUCCCGAAGAGCUCUACGGGGCUUCGCUCCAGGAAUCACCCUGUCUUCGCACCGUACGAACGCGAACCCAUUACAGGAUUUCCAGAUACAGCAGUUAUUCGGAGAGAGCGACGACACUAUUAGGACGGCCCUCUUGACGGAAAAAGGCACGUUAGCGCAAGCGCACGGUUUCAUCGCUGGCAGAGCAGCCAGAGCUCGGGAGUUGCAUCUUUCCACCGUCAAACUCUUCGAACAAGGAUCGCCUUCCCCGUACAUUGUUUCAUCCGAACAAAGAAUCAUUCAGAUGUCCUAUUACUUCGAGGAACUACCCAUAGCCACGUAUUGCCAGUUGGUGUCCUGUCUUACAAGCAGCGAAGAUCUGGUUCGUGUCCUCAACUCAGAGAGUGAUCGGUGGACACCUGUUGGGCAAGUGUCACCCGACAUCCAGCAAACACUAGAGGUAGCACGAUCUCGCUCUAGAGCUCGUCUCCUGGAUUUAUUAGAGAUUCUGCGGUACCUUCGACUUGCGAUUCCGCUUCAACCUUCAACUUCUGCUCAACCGCUUGUCACCUGUACCGUCAAUGGGCAGCACCCCUCGGCGUUCGACGCGGUUACUGCAGACACAUGGACCCCUCUAUCAGCACCUAUUUACUGGCAAUUUACUUCGGAAGCCCCUCUUUAUAUCUGGGCUCUAUCAGAAGAUUCUCCCCUCUUCCUGAAGGACAUGUCGGUUUCCACCGUUGAAGAAUGUUCGGGAUUUUGGCGAGAACUUCAGAAACUUAGCAUCGAUGAUGAUUACGCCAGCUCACUCGCGGAGAUCGCUCUCCCUGCUACGACGACGAAUAUCGGAUUGGCCAGGUGUCUUCGUCGUGCCACAUCUUGGACUAGCGGAUAUAAUCUCUCCUGCAACCAAAGCGAAUACCUUCGGCAGUUUCUCAACGGAGCCAAUGGGUACACUCCUUUAGAAGACGAGGAUGGCGGCGAAGCACACCUCGAUCACCUCGCUUGGGUGAUCUCUGCACCGAAGGACAUAGUAAAGCAGUUUUUCGAGAAAGCCCACAAAAAACAUGUCCACGAGCUCGAGAAGGCACAGAGGAGACACAGGCGUGCUAUGAACGCUAAAGCAAAAGAUACGGCGGCGAAGGCUGCACUCGCUUCGAAGGCUGCUGAAGCCAAGCGUCAGAAAGAGCAAGAUUGGGACGACAUGGUCAACAGGAUCCACCCAGAACCGCUCAAGGGGCCGGCUGCAACUCGCGUCCGUCGUGUCCGAGCUAAUUUUAUGCAAAGUUCCGGGACAGAUCACUCGAAGUGGGAAGCCGAGAUCUCGGAAGCUAUUCGUGAGGCUUCCAUCGCAGCCAAGAAGGUACUACCGACUAGCAGACCACCAAUCGUCUCGACAGUUCCUCGGUCGGGUGCUGUCGCUCCGCCUGUGGUGGUCACCGACGGUCCAGAGAAGUCAAUAGAAGACCUCCUUGCUCAGCAGGGGAGUUUACCUGUUCGCCAAACGAGCCAGAAGAAGAAAAAGGGGAAAGAUGCCGUCAAAGGUGAACCAAGCGCCGAUGACACCGGUAGGAGGACUCGCUUCCAAUGGAACAGAGACUUCGACGAGCUAGCACGAGAUGCUUUUGCUGUUGUCCGGGCACGAUGUCGCAACACGGGGCGAUUGGAUCUUGGAGCUAUAGUACAAGUCUUUCCUGGCGUUGCCAGGAAUUCCGUUCGCCAGCGAAUUGUUCACCUCAAAGAUAGUCCAGGGGCGGAAGCAUACCAAGCUCGUCUAGAAGACAAGUGGUACAACCUGUGGGUCCAGCAUCGCGGAAGCGAAACCUUACCGGACAAAGAUCCGGGGAGCACCACUAACUUUGACCUUGUUGCUCACAUCAAGUUUUUGCGCAAGCACGUCGACAAGAAUGCAUUGCGAGUGGGGUUUGUCGAACAGAGUUCGGAUGUCCAGAUUGCUCUACCUGCUACGGUCGAACAGGUAGAGACGACAUGGGAAGUUGUAGACAAGAGAUUGCCAGCUCCGGCUUGGGACUUCAUGUGGAACGUGGUUGCAGAAGAGGGUCGAGAGAAACAGUUCGCACAACAAGCAUUCCUCACCAAGAUGAACGAAGUACCGCCGGUUAACGACUAUCCUUUGGAAUAUACUUAUGUGGCCGAUUCUGCAUUGAAGAUGAUGCUUGGAACCCCUCACGAGAGUUAUGAUCCAGAAGCGGCAGCCAAAGCGCUGCACCUGGUAGGCGAGGAAUAUGUCAAAAAUGCGACGAUGAAUCUUCUUUCCCGAGGUAUCCUCACCAAGGUCGUUCGAGACCCCAAAAAAUCAAGACCUGGCAGAACACUGAGGAUAUCUGACAAUAACCAAAAUGCCCUUAGCGGUCCAUUACCUCAAGAAGUAUUCCAGGAUGCCUCGGCCCUCGAAGAUCUGCUGGCUCAAGAGGAGGAUACUGGCUGUUGGCGUGAAUGGCCGUUACUUGUGAGUGACGGCGACAGCGCCGCUCUGCUUGAGCUCGUCUCGGAGGGAAAGAUCGACUUUCAGAUUGACACUACACAAGCGCGAGCAGCCCGACCAAAGAUUGAUUGGAAUAGCAAGAAAGCUGACGAUGACGAUAUCGAAACGGCUAUCCAAAUUCGCGUCAACGACAAUCUGAGUGCAGCCCCUCGGGCAUCUCCAGAAUUCUCUGUCGAGCCUUUGGUCAUCCAAAGCAACAUACAGCUGGAAACACAGCCCGAAGCUGAGCACGGGAAGACGGCCGAGGGGGCUGAGGCAUCUUGUCGGUUAUCCUCCAACGGACUCGUCGAUUGUCAAGCUUGCCUCGAUCAAGCGGCCAAGGUUCUCGCAGAAGAACUCAGCGAGGAGAAUGUGGAGAUUAUGAAGCAGAUAUGCAUGGCCUUGAAAGGUGCCAAAACGCAAGGAUUGACAAACGAACAACUCUUGGCUAACGUUGAGUCCUCAAGCAAUGCGUCAUUCUUGUCGGUCGGCAGACGCAUGACUGAGGCAUCGAUCCCUCUCGCCUGCUGGACUGGAUACAAGUCAAUAGUCUUGGUUUCAUCUGACAGUCUCGAUCCCUGGACAGUCAGUGUGUCAAAUUCGCAGGACUCCAGAACAAAACUAUUCCCUAGGAGAUGGCUUGAUAUCAGCGGCAAGAAAAUCAGUGACUUAUGGGAUGCGGCUCUCCGAGCGAUAGUCGCAGUCAUUUUAUCCAGACCAGGAAUCACCCAGGCGGAGAUCCGUUGGAGACUGAGGUUGGUGUAUGACCGACAAGAAGUCAACGAGGUUCUGCAGUAUCUCCUCGAUGACGGCGUUGUCACAAGACGACUUCUUACGAGCUCUCCGUAUCAAGAGCUGGGACCGCCAGAUGACCGGGAGGAGGAAACGAUAAGCUGGUUUGUGAGGCGCACUGUGUCUAUUUUCGACGGUUCUGACUGGCUUUCCACUUUCGCUGCUGAUUCCGCUAUGCGCACAAACUUCAAGAGCUCCAGGACCUCUGGUCUUGUGUUGAAUAAACUGAGGCUUUUCUGGGAUCGUAUCACCUUAUCCCGAUUUACUGCUAUCUAUUUCACCGUCGCGCUCCUCCACUUUGCCGUACAAGUUGUCUUCCAGAUCCAGGCAUUCUUAAUCAAUGCUCAGGCGGCCACACUCUUGAGUGACAUUGUCCAGAAAGGCAAUGCCACCCAACCAGGGUUCCUGGUAGCCGGUCAGAAUCAAGUGCGCAUGUGCACCUCUGUUCCGAACACCGUAGAUGCAAGCUCUUGCAUGGUGAUGUGGGCAGGCAAUUCGUCCGACAGUAAGGCCGUAUCGAGCACUGGCGGACAACAUGCUGCAAGCAGUGCCUCAGGUACAGUAGGACCUACAUCGCCAAGUAUCUUUCUCUCGUCCUCGGCUUCGUCUUCUGCUACGACCAUGCCCUCGCGCUCUAGCUCCGCCGCCUCGUCUUCUAUCUCUCCCAUUGCUACAAGAAGCGCUGUCUCUUCGACGCACGCAUCGUCAUCGACGAAAGCGGUCUCUUCUAGUACUGCUGCUCCGUCAUCGUCGUUUGGGGACCUGCAGGAAGAGACGAGGCAUAGUCAAUCGGCGACAUCAGAGCCAUCCUCUGGUUACGUGUCGAGUUCCAGUUCUCCCCGAGUUGUUUCAACGCAUACAGCCGACGUAACCGUUCAAGCCACUGCUACCAGCCCCGAAGUGAGCAGCGGUCAGGUUGAAAAUGCGGACAACAGGAAGCGAUAUACCCGUCGUUCUGUGACAAUAGUAGCUGUAGAGGAUAACAAUCAAACCGAAGUCGUAGUUGAUGGUGUGCCUGACUUGGGCGAAGUUACGCUGGAUUACACUUGUUUGGUCGUGCUCAAUUGGCCCAUUGGAAUAUUGGACGAGACUAAACGUGAAGAUCUGGUGUUCAUCAUGUUCCAGUUCUGGCUUCUAGCGAUGUCUCUUGUCGCUCUUCUCAACGAGUCUGUCCCGCACAUCAUUGCGUCGCUCCUUACCCACAUCCUAGCUACCGGUUGGGCCGGCUUUCAGAUUUUCAAUACGGCCCAAUUCCGAAGUCAAUUCACAGACAUGACCACUAAUGGUGCAUGUGGCGUAGACCUUCUGCCGAAUUACUGGAGGGAUCGUUCAAACGCAGAGAUACCCAGUCUUGUCCUUAAUGCCGUUGUUCUGGUGGCAUCAGCUUUCCUCACCUGGAGACUAAUGAAGUGUUUUGGCUGGCAGACGUUUAAACGUGUUGGGGCUUCCCGCACCAUCAAUCGUGUCUACAACGCCGUCCUGAUCCUCUCGAUCACCAUCCAGCUUGCUCUGUUUUUCAUUGCAGUAUCGGGUGCCGUAUGGAUUGACCAGGUGUACAACGGUGCCAUUGGGCGAUUGACCACCGAUGCCCCUCUGUUCAAGGGUGUCACUAUCGUGGUCGAGGUGUUGCUUAUACCAUGGCUGACAAUCGGAUGGAUUUCUGUUCGGCGGGAAGCCAGCAUCCCCAUGUUCAUUUUCAUGGUUCUCUCUGUCAUGUAUCUUGCCGGAUGGGCGUCCAUGUUCAUCGCACCUACCUUCCGCUGGACGUUCGUACAAUGGCGAUUCUUCAGUCUCAUCGCGACCGCGUCGGUGCUCCUCACCUUCGUGACCGUCGUAUUGGGCAUUAUCUGCCGAAUCAACUUCGGAAAGGGCCUGGCGCGCUACCUGAAUGCGCAGCAACCUAUCGAGGACACUGCAGAAGACAUCGACGAGAAGGUGGACCUUGAAAAGGCGGAAUUCCCAUCGAAUGACUUGCCACUCCCCACUUACUCCGUUGCGUUUGGCCCUGGAUCGCAGCUCCUUACCACGUACGGCACUCCGCGACAAGCCCCCCUCGUAUCCGAUACUGCCUCCUUCAAUCCUCCUGACACUGGAUUCAAUUACCCUGGGAUAGAUCCAAACAUACCCAUAAUCCCACGUCCGGAGCCUGUACACCCAUCUCUUAGUCGCGGUGACAGUCGCAGCAGCGAGCAGGGUGGGCCAAGUAGCAAGAGUGAUACGCAACCAAACUCGAAGCGCUGGAUGAUCGAGUAG